GCCUUCGAUGCCCUCCGUUGCCUGGAGCUGGACACGGAGUGGGAUGCGUCGUCGGUGCAUCACUGGAUCUUGGAGCUGCACAGUUGGACUUCACAUCGACUUGUCACGGCCAUUACAGCCAUCCUUCUGCGGGAAUACGUUGGGUACUCGGUGGUCUUUAAUGAAGUCUCUUCUCCUUGGCGACUCCAUGAACGGCUUCAGAAAGUUGGGAUUGAUGCCAAACUCACUGAUGCUCAUCCAGGUUUUGGCUAUGCGGACAUGGAAGUUUGGCCUUUGAGAAUUCGUGAAGCUAAGAGUGAGAACUUCAUUGAUGCUGGACCCACAGGAUAUGAGGGAGACAGCGGCUGGUGGAUUUCAAGCGACUUCGAUCGCAAGAGCUACAGCCUCCCUCCAGAUUUCUACCGAGCAUACGACGUCAGCCAAGCUUCAAACAGACCUUUGUUGGAGGCCUUGAAGAGCGUUUCCAACGUGAGCUGCGCGCUGGCCUGCUGCCCCAGCCCCGCCAGCCCCGCCAGCCCCGCCGACGUUUGUGGCGCUGUCGGAGGCUGCGCGACUGCGCCAGAGGUUCACUGGUGUCCAGGAAAGAGCGUUGAAACUUUGCCUGCCAUUGUUGCUUUAAGCCCAUCGCCAGAUGAGGGAUUUAACGAGGAGCUCAGCCGCAGCAACGGUUUUCUCUUCGGAAUUCACUUCAUGAGGAAAGAGCUCUACAUGAACCGCUCCUUGGCGGUGCUUUCGAAGGGCCCCGGCAUUGUGCACAUGUCACGGCCGUCAUUGCUCUCCACACGGCUGCAGCAGGCAGAGAUGCCAGUCUUCCGACUCAUGUUGCCCAGGGAUCAUUGCGGAGAACAUCGGGCAGAUGGCACCGGAGAUUGGUCGUGCGAUUUUCCAAAGCAACAGCUGCGCAAACUGAUCUCGAUGGACGUGGAAAAGGACGCCGUGGCCACCAAAUUCUUCAGGAACUUUCGGAUUUUACCCACUUCCACAGGUCGACUGGAAGGGGGCGGCAUUGAAGAUUUGCUUGCGGCUUUGCCAUCCUCCCCCACUGAUGAGGACCUGCUGGAAGUCGCAUGUGACUGGGUGCGGGCGAACAAGGCUUCUUGGCGCACAUGGACCACUCCAAGAAAGGUACCCUUCUUCGCUGACACCUUGCAUUUCACUUAUCCCUUUCCAAUUCUGGCGCUUUUGCUCAUCAUUUCUGCAGUUUGGAUGGCAGCUCUGGAGAAUCCGUGGCUGUGGACCACCUUGAGUCCUCGGGAAUGGCGACGGAUCUUGCAGAAGAACAACGCCGUGUGGCGCAGCGAUGUGGAACUGAAGCUGCGGAAGAUUGGGGACAGUCCGUCCUCACCAUCCUCUCCCAAGCGGAAACCCUCGGGUCUCCAGGAUGCGUUCUGGGAAGGCUUGCAAGAAAAGUCGCAAAGAGCCUGGCAAUUCUGGGAGAAAGUUGAGUUCUUGGUAGCAGACGCCAAGCCGCCACCACCAGAGGAGGACAUGAACGUGAGCUUGGUGAGUUUCAUACACCACACCUUCCCCUGCUUCCAGCAUUCCGAAGCUACGCUGUUUUUGCACCGAACCAAGCCCAACGAAGAGAUCCAGGUGGACGUCGUUGUGGAAGAAAACUGCGGCGGCGGCAAAAGUGGCAGAGACUUCACAGCCAGAACCCACCAGGUGACCUUCCAGAGGGGUCAGGAUCAAGUGGCGUUGCCCAUUCCCAUCAUCGAUCACAAGGACACUUGGCAGAACACCUACUGGUUUCAAGCCCGUAUUGUGAGCCUUCACGGUGCAGGUCAGCUGGCGGAGCCGGUGCGAGCGACCAUCCUCGUCCUCGAUGAGGACACGUGGCCCAACAACAUCCCCUCCAGUCUACGGAAUGGCAAAGGCGUUUCGCUCCUCCGAUAUUUCAUCCAAGCGGAUAGGCGGCGCCGUGGUAGGAGGUGGACAAAGACGAUGAUCGCCAUGGUGUUUCUACCAGUGCACUCUCUUCUGGUCUCUACUUUGGUGCAAAAGAUUCUGGUUGACCACGCCGUGGCUCGCAUGAUGAACACAGAUCCUGCUUGGGGAUAUUCUGAAUGUCUGAUUUUGAUCAUGGUGCAGCUGAUUUCCUUGGGAUUGAAUCGAUGGGCAGAUGUGGUGCAAACACGAAAUCGAGGCCGUACAGGUGGAAUCCGCCAGGUGCAUCGAUCCGAGAUGAUCCGGAAGUUUAUGCACCUGGAGCGCUCUGAGUAUUGGGAAGCAUCCGAUGCAGACUGGCUCUACUCGGCCAUCUAUGACGUGGAUGUGAUUACCGGCAAAGCGUAUUUCGGCGUCUUCGUGAUGGCCCAGUCGUGCUUCGCACUGCUGCUCUCGGUGUUGCUGGUCAGUGGACUGGCCGCCUGGAGCUACCUGGAAGAGGCCUCCAGUGUGGGUGUGCAAACUGCUUGGUACGUCAUCGGUGUCUUUGUCAUGAUGGCUGCGGGUGUUGUGGGUGUUUGGGUUCGCAUGAAGAUCAUUUGGGUGGCCGUGCUGGCCAGAAAGAAGCGAGAAUGCGCAUGGUUCAAGUCCUGUGUCUUUGUCUUCACAAGUUGGAGGCAGUUUAUGGGAUUGAUGCAAACAGAGAAGGCCAAACUUGAACAUGGCGUUCUGGCGCAGAACGAAGAAUUCGUCCCAUCCCAUUGGGAUGCACGAGACACGAUGAAUGACACAGCAUGGAUCACCCAUUGGAUUCAAGGUGUGUCGUACUGCUUGAUGCUGACUUUCGGCACCUUUGCCUUGGCGGAUUACAACACUUACGGCGUGGGUGUCAUGGAGGUGGGGACCUUCUAUGCGCUGUGCAAAAUCUAUCUCAGCGUGGGAAAGUACAUCAGUCGCCUGUCCAAGGUCUUUGUCGACAUGCAGCAGGCCGUGGUUUCUCUGCGCGAUGUUGCUGCGAUGCUGAACCAAACCUGCCAGAAGUCCAAGCGAGCUGAGGCCACCCGGCUGGCCCAGUUCGGCAAUGGACGCUGGCACGAUCAACCUGGCAUGGUCCACGGCUGCAUCCACUUCCAAGAUGAUCUGUGCUUCGUGCGACCAGAAUACUACAAGGUGGGAUCGACAUUCUCCGACCUAAGACUGCAGACCGGAUGCUUGCUGCCCUUGGGGCGGUGCAUCUUUGUCUGCGGCCGCAACGAGCGCGUGCUCCGGAGCUUUCUGGGCUUAGCAUCGCAAGCGAUUUAUCCCACAGGACCAAAUGGGGAAGACAUGGAGGACUGGCCAUCCGUUUUGGUCCCUCCUGGCUUGACCCUGAAGAUGCUUUCCACGGUACCUGUGGCUUUUGGAUCAACUGGCCCUUCUACCAUCCAGCAGCUCAGUUUCACCGGUGCACCCAGUGACAUCUGCGAAGCCUUGGUAGCGGCUGUGGGUUUGGACAAAGAUCGAGAUCCCACCAGCCUCGGACCUGGCUCCUCUCAGGUGUUUUCAAUCGUCCGUGCCUUGCUGGUCGACCCGGAUGUGCUCUGCGCCUUUCGACCACUGUCCCUGGUGCCUCUGGACAUCAAGCCGCGAAUGGGUCAGUUGCUGCGGCUUUGGCAAGCAGGUGGGUUGCCAAGGAUCGCUCAGCUGUUAGGCGUUCCUGUGGCCAGCACAGUCUACAGACCGAGAAUGCGGACCUUGAUCUUGGGAAAUUCGCAAGACGCCAUCCCCAAUGCUCCAACACAGGAUUUCAUGAUCGAUCUCGACGAGCACUUGUGGCAGGGCCCAGACACGCCGACGGCAGGUUCACUGUCUCCACGUUUUGCCGAGUCGCAAGACGAGUACCGCGAGAGAAAAGCGCGUGCGCGAUCCAAGGUUCGUGAUGCUCCUCAGUGCAGCUGCUUUGGCCGGGGUUAUGCAAGCAUGGUCAGGCUUUCAUGA